GUACUCAACUCUUUGCUGGUCCUCUCAUUUUUUCUUCUUUAAACGAGAGCACUUGUACUAGUUGCAGUGAUUACUGAGUAGUGUUAGAAGCAUAAGAAGAAGAAGUGUUUCAAGUUUCAAGUUGCUGGUCUCCAUUAAUCAUGGCCACCAAAGAAGACAACGACACAGGGUUCUGUAGAUCUUUUGGGCAAAGGUGCAGUCGGCUGGUGAAGGAGCAGAGAGCCAAAUUCUACAUUCUAAGGCGCUGUGUCACGAUGCUCUUGUGCUGGCAUGAGUGUGGCGACUCUUGAUGUUUGCGGCCGCCGGUGGCUCAAUUUCCGACCAUCUGAUCUAUUUUUAUGAGUGUAAAUAAUAUAUAGAUACACCAAAAGGGUCUUUGAUUUUCUCUCUUUGUAGCUUAUCUAAGACAUAUAGAUUUCACGAGAAAUAUUUGUUCUUAUGUAUUGAGUACCCCGAUGUGAAGACUUACAAGUAUUUUUAAUGACUAGCUUUUAAGGAUGAAUUCUAUCCAAUAUCCCUAAUGCAUGUUAGGGUAGGUCUCCACUUCCGGAGUUUCUAUCAUUCAUUCCU